AUGCUGUCAGCGCAGAUGUACAUGGCAGCAAGCCUGACAGGGCUCAUGCGCGCCCCUUCUGCCCCACACCUGCCUCCCAUCAGCUCCCCAGCGGAGGGGCAGAGGUUCACGGUGCCUGACACGAAGGAGCGGAUGGCGCCGAAAAACCCGACAAAGGAGUUCAUCACGGAUCUGAUGGCGGGAGGGAUCGCUGGCGCCGUGGCAAAGACGGCUGUGGCGCCCAUCGAGCGCGUCAAGAUCAUCCUGCAGACCCAGGACCUCAACCCGCGUAUCCGGAGCGGCGAAAUCCCUCCCUACAAGGGCAUCAUUGACUGCUUUGUGCGCGUGGCAAAGUGCCAGGGCAUCCUGUCAUUCUGGCGCGGCAACCUGGCCAACGUGCUGCGCUACUUCCCUACGCAGGCCUUCAAUUUUGCCUUCAAGGACACCAUCAAGGCCAUGUUCCCCAAGUACAACCCGCGCACCGACUUCUGGAAGUUCUUCGCCGUCAACAUGGCCUCUGGCGGUGCGGCCGGUGCCGGAUCGCUGCUGAUAGUGUAUCCGCUGGACUUUGCUCGGACGCGCCUGGGUGCCGAUCUGGGCAAGGGAGGCAAGGACCGCGAGUUCAAGGGCCUCGUAGACUGCAUCGCCACCACUGUCAAGCGCGGCGGCCUGCGCGCCCUCUACCAGGGCUUUGGCGUCUCCGUGCAGGGCAUCAUCGUGUACCGCGGGGCCUACUUCGGUCUAUAUGACACGGCGAAGGGAGUGCUGUUUGGGGAUGAUAGAAGGGCCAGCUUCCUUAAGCGCUGGGCCGUGGCUCAGACAGUGACUGCGCUGGCCGGCAUCAUCUCAUACCCCUUCGACACCGUCCGCCGCCGCCUCAUGAUGCAGGCUGCAGGGGAGCAGCACUACCGCGGCACGAUGGAUGCAUGGGUCAAGAUGUACAGGCAGGAGGGCAUGCGCGGAUUUUUCAAGGGAGCCUGGUCCAAUGUGCUGCGCGGAGCCGGCGGCGCCCUCGUGCUCGUCUUCUACGAUGAAGUCAAGAUGCUGCUGGAUCACUAUGUGCUGCCUCCAGACCAGUGA